AUGGACCUAAAUCGUGUCAUCAAACUCCUCGAAGACACCGACAAAGAUGAUUUAGAAGAAAAACAACUUAAAUCUGUCAAGAAACUGGUGCAGUAUUAUCAGAAUGGAUUUCCCCUAGGGGAUUUAGCACAGAUAUUUAAAAUUCUGAAUUUGUGUGCAGGAAAAAUUGUAAACCAGCCCCAUUUUAUAGAACCUGCAUAUAAUAUCAUAAAAUUAUGUGGCUUGCCAUUUUUGAAAAAGAAAGUAUCAGAUGAAAUAACAUACGCUGAAGAUACCGCUAAUUCAAUCGCACUUCUGGGUGACUUAAUGAAAGUACCAAGUUCUGAAUUGAGGAUACAAAUUUGUAAGUGUAUUGUUGACUUUUAUCAUGCAGAACCACCAAAGAAGCAUAUUACAGGUUACCAGCAAGCUAGCUCAACGUAUAAGAUUCAAAUGGCUGAAGUCGGAGGAUUGGCAAAAACAAUGGUUCAGUCAUUGGCCUUGUUUGAAAAUCAACUUGUUGAGAAACUUUGGGUUCUUAAAGCUCUGCAGCAUCUCUCAACUUCUGAAGUUAAUUGUACUUUCAUGAUGAAAGCACAAGCAGCCAGAGGCAUCUGUGCUCACCUCAGUGACCCAGAUCCCUCUGGACAGCUUCUGUUUCGUUCAUCAGAAAUACUCUGGAACUUAUUGGAAAAAUCAUCAAAAGAAGAAAUCAUACAACAGCUUAGUAAUUUGGAAUGUUUGCUGGCUUUAAAGGAAGUAUUUAAACAUUUGUUUAUGAGAGGUUUUAGUCAUUACGAUCGUCAGCUUAGAAACGAUAUAUUAGUGAUCACUACAAUUAUAGCUCAAAAUCCUGAAGCACCAAUGAUUGAAUGUGGCUUUACCAGGGAGUUGAUACUAUUUGCAACCUUUAAUGAAGUUAAAAGUCAAAAUCCUCUGGUGAAAGGUCUUAAGCUUUCUAAUUCCUAUGAAAAUUUUGAAUUGAAGAAAUUGCUGUUCAAUAUCAUUGUGAUCUUAUGUAAAGAUUUACCUACUGUACAGCUAUUAACUGAUGGCAAAGUUGUUCUGGCUCUGCUUACCUAUGUUAAAAAGCCCGAGAAGCACAAAAUAAUUGAAUGGUCUGCAGCACAGUAUGAAGAAUUACAACUGCAUGCAAUUGCCACUUUGUCAUCAGUGGCCCCUUUAUUAAUAGAAGAAUAUAUGGUGUGCCAGGGAAACGCUCGAAUCCUGUCAUUUCUAGAAUGGUGUGAGACUGAAGAUUCCUUCUUCAGCCAUGGGAACAGUUUCCAUGGUACAGGCGGCCGUGGCAACAAGUUUGCUCAUAUGCGUUACACUUUAAGACUCCUGAGAGCUAUGGUCUACCUUGAGGAUGAGACUGUAAACAAGGAUCUUUGUGAAAAGGAAGCAAUUCAGCAACUCAUAGGAAUAUUUAAAAAUACAAUAAACAAGAUUAAUGACAAGGAGGAGGCCAUCAUUUUGGAAAUUCAAUCUGAUAUAUUACUUAUCUUAUCUGGUCUUUGUGAAAAUAGCACUUCCAGGAAGGAAAUUUUUGGAACUGAAGGAGUGGAUAUAAUUCUUCAUGUAAUGAAAAUAGACCCCAAGAAGUUUCAGAGUGGAUUAGGCUAUAAUGUACUUCUUUUUAGUACAUUGGACAGCAUUUGGUGCUGCAUUUUGGCUUGUUAUUCCUCAGAGGAUUACUUUCUUGAAAAGGAAGGCAUUUUUCUCCUUUUGGAUUUAUUGGCAUUGAACCAAAAAAAAUUUUGUAAUCUCAUACUUGCAAUAAUGGUUGAAUUUUGUGAUAAUCCCAAAACUACGGCUCACGUCAAUGCUUGGCGAGGGAAGAAGAGCCAAACAGCUGCAAGUCUUUUAAUUAAAUUGUGGAGAAAGGAAGAAAGAGAACUAGGAGUAAAACGUGAUAAACAUGGGGUAAUUAUUGAUACAAAGAAACCUCUAUUUACUAGUUUUCAAGAAGAGCAAAAAAUCAUAGCACUGCCUGCUAAUUGCCCAACUGUUGCAAUUUUGGAUGUUGCAGAGAACAUCAGAGCAAAAAUUUAUGCUGUGUUGGACAAACUAGAUUUUGAAAAUUUACCUGGCCUAUCUACUGAAGAUUUUAUCACCCUUUGUAUCAUACAUAGAUAUCUUGAUUUUAAAAUUGGAGAAAUAUGGAACGAAAUAUGUGAAGAAAUAAAAUUAGAAAAGUUAAAACCAGUCGCUACAGAUAAAUAUAUUUUGGAAGCUAUUACAACAGCUUCAGAAAAUGUUGGGAAGAUGGUUGCUUCUCUGCAAAGGGAGAUGACUGAAAGCCAAGCACGCCAAGAUGUGCAAAAUGAACAAAAAGCGUAUGCAAAAGUAAGCCACAAUUACCACUGA